GCUUAACUAACCAAUCAGGUUAACCGCCAAACGACGUACCACGCUGACUACCGAGCUGGUGGUUGCUGCCGAUACCUCUCCACCUGAGAGGAAGCGACGGGUUAAAGAGUAGAUGAGGUCCUGUGUUCAUACUAAAAUGUGGUGGAGCCGGGCCUUUCUCACCGGCUGGCUGCUGCUGCUGGUCCAGCUGCUGUGUUUGGAAGCUGUACCCAUCAGCAUCGACAAGACGAAAGUCCAAGAACCAGAGAAAAAAACUGAAGAGCCUCCGGCCAGUGUGGACACUGGACUCCACUAUGACCGCUACCUCAGAGAAGUCAUUGAUUUUCUGGAGAAGGAUCAGCAUUUCAGAGAAAAGCUCCACAAUACAGACAUGGAAGACAUCAAGCAAGGUAAACUGGCCAAAGAGCUGGACUUUGUCAGCCAUCAUGUCAGAACAAAGCUAGAUGAGUUGAAAAGGCAGGAGGUAAACCGACUCCGGACCCUGAUUAAGGCCAAGCAGGACCUUGAAGGAGGAAAUGACAUAGCAGUGGACCACCAGGCUCUGCUGAAACAGUUUGAAUACUUGAACCACAUGAACCCGCAUACGUUUGAAGUGGAAGAUCUGGAUCGACUGAUCAGAUCGGCCACUAAAGAUCUGGAGAACUAUGACAAAGAGAGGCACGAGGAGUUCAAGAGGUAUGAAAUGAUGAAAGAACACGACAGACGAGAACACCUGAAAACACUGGAUGACGAGCAAAGGAGGAAAGAAGAGGAGCACUACGAGGAGAUGAAGAAGAAGCAUGCCGACCACCCUAAAGUCAACCACCCAGGUAGCCAGAAUCAGCUGAAGGAGGUCUGGGAGGAAGCAGAUGGCUUAGAUCCUGAAGAUUUUGAUCCUAAGACAUUUUUCAACCUGCACGAUACCAAUGGAGAUGGCUUCUUUGAUGAACAGGAGUUGGAGGCAUUGUUCACCAAAGAGCUGGAAAAAAUUUAUGACCCCACCAACGAAGAGGAUGACAUGGUGGAGAUGGAGGAAGAGAGGCUACGUAUGAGAGAGCAUGUUAUGAAUGAGGUGGAUUCAAACAAAGACAGGCUGGUCUCUUUAGAUGAGUUCCUUGUUGCUACAAAGAAAAAAGAGUUCUUGGAGCCCGAUAGCUGGGAGACCCUGGAGCAGAACCAGGCUUAUACUGAUGAGGAGAUGAGGGAGUUUGAGGAACAUCUUGCUCAGCAAGAACAGGAUCUCAACCAGAAGGCUUUUGACCUCCAGAAACAGAGAGACGAGCUGGAGAGACAACAGGAGCAGCUUAAUGCACAGAAAAUGGAGCUGCAGCAGGCUGUUGAGCAUAUGGAACGGCUCAAGUCCCAGAAAGGAGACACUCCACCAGAGGUCCUUGUCGAAGGAAACGCUGUUCUAGAGAUGCCUGCGGCUGACAAUCAGUUGCACGAGGCCCAACCACAAGAACAUGACCCUGCACCUCAAGCUCCUCAGAAUACGCCUCAGGAUACACAUCAGGAGCACCACGGACAGCAAAAUCAAGAUCAGGCCCAGCAUGGUCUCCCCCAAACACAUGACAAUAUACCACCAGGUCAUCAAGAAGUCCAGAAUAACCUGCCAUAACAAUGUGGAGAAAACUUCACCACCAGACUUUUACAGCACUCCUGUGUGCAGAGGAGCAGUCCCACAGAGUAUGAGGUCCUCUUUAACUGACCUGACCAGCAUUAGGGGUUUGAAGUACACUAAAGAAGAAGGAAAACCACUCAAAAGGAACCCGUCAUCCCAGAUUCCAGUGUUGGUGACAGUUAUCCCUUCAUUACAUAAUGAAAUUACAACAGUGAAAUGACCAACCAUGGAUUUGGAUCCUGAUAUGUUCAUAGCUACAUUUUCCCAGUUGUUUGUUUACAUUAGAAAUUCCCAAGGGUGUAAUAGAAUUAGGGUGUAAUAGAAUUAAAAAAAACAUUUUUUAUGCGCUGUUAAACCUGUUUGCUGUUCAAAAUGGCUCGCUGCUCAAUCAACAUCCCUUUCCAAGAGCCUUCUGGAUGUAUACAGAGCAGCUGUUUAGGAAGAUAAAAACUUGUUUUAAUUAUAGCAUUUGAGACUGAACUAUCAGGAUACUCCAAAACAUCUCCAAAAGAAAAGACAUGCAUGAAUCGUGGUAGAAACUGUUUCCCUGAACUUUAAUACUUUAGUUGACUGCAAGAAACAUUUUAAAGAUGUUCUAUUUAAUUAAAACCUUCAAAAAAAAAAACCUACUCUAGCAAUUUUAAUCAGCAUACAGCAUUUUCAUGCCAUCCCUUAGACAUACUUCACUUGGAAAAAGGAAAUUAAGGAAUUAUUGAUACGGCCAGUUGCUGUGUCAUGUAAUAACCCACAAUCUACAAGGUCCUGUCAGAUCUCCAGAUGUCACUGUGACAUUCAGUGUUUUAACCUUCAUCAACAUCGUGAAGCAAGGUCGCUCAGUCUUUUUGUAAAGACAUCAUUUUUCAAAUACUUUGCUACUUUCUUAAUGGUCAUUUUGCUUCCUGCCAAACCACCAAUCUACUUUUUUCCUACUAUAAAACAGUUUUUUGUUUUUUUUUUUAAAUGUGUACAGUCAGAUUUACUGUUUUCUGUACUGUACAACAACAAAAAAGUGCUCUUGUGCACAUACUUUGUUAAAAGUGCAAGAUUAAAAAAAUAAGAUAGGAGUGAAAUCCUGCAAACAAGCUACGUCCUCACAAACCUCAGAUCCUGCAGAAUCUUACUCGUGGUAUGACAGUGUCUGAAAAUAAUUUAUAAAAGUUUGCAUUCAGUUUUAAGCAACAGUACAACCUCUAAGAUAGUGCUUUUGGUUUUUUUUAAAAACAGUAUUUUUAAACAGGCUCAUGGUUCAUAAACAAAUGUGUAUUUGUUACAUUUAUUCAUGAGUCGAUCGUGAUUCUGACAGUUUUGAUAUUUAGUUUAUUUAGGGUUUACACUUGUACAUUGGUGUCCCGGAACCUAACCAAUUUAGUACUUUGUUAAAACUGCUGGAUUUGUUAAGUUUUAUUAAACUAUCAGACGUUACCAGCUUCACAAAACUUUCUAUUCAGCCUGAGCUAGCUACUAUUACAUGAAAGAGAACAUCAGCAUGUCUGGCCGGUUUGGUGUUAAACGCUGCAUUAUCCAGUGUGCUUUUGUUCAAUGUAAAGUUGUUUCUUCAACCCGCCUGGCAGACUAUGACCAUGUAACACAGAUGUUUGCGACUUACUGCCACUUCUCACUGAAGGCUUAAUUUCCAGCCAAUGAGAUCGCUGCCUUAUUGUGGUUUUCCAUUACACAAAAUUUUGAUGUUUUCUCUUACUUGCUUUGUCAGUUGUUUUCUGUGUGCCAUGCAGUAUAAUUUGCACAAACUGUAAAACUGGUGUUCGAUUUCUUGCUGCUGGAGUCAUUUGACAAUCUUGCACACCUCAGUUUAAGAAAAUAAAAUGGUUCAGGUUGUCAAACUGAUUUCUUUGGUGAUGUUUCCUCUGGACAUUUAUCUUCAGUAAAACCAUUUCUGAAAUGAACAGAUGCAGUGCAACACAAAGGCUGCACCAGUUUCUGCAGCUUCUACUGGAACUGAAGGCUGCUCUGAAUUAAGCUAAAUUCUACACAGGAUUGUAUCAAGAUAACCUGCUGACCGUACAGAACAAAACUGUCAGUAACAGAAGGUAAUAGGGCACAACUUUAUUGAAA